GCUAAUUAGUAUACUAAAAUCAUCGUGGGGUGCAACUGUUCAUAAAAGAACUAAUGAAUAUAUUUAUAAUAUAAAUAAUUCCUCCCUAGCUAAGUCAUAUAUAUAAAUGGUAUCUAAAUAUAGAACUAGUCUAAUUCAAAACUAGCACUAUAAGAAACUACUAAUAAUUAAAAUUGAGGCUUCAUUUCAAAGGCUGUAUAUCUAUCAUCAUAAUUCGUAAAGGCUUUAAUUUUGUGUUUUCAUCGUCAUCAUUAGCAAAACUUGGUCUAAGCAUAAGCAAAUGAGAUUUUAUAUAAAAUCAUCUUGCAUAUAGUGUAGUACAUUUAAUUAGUUUUCUUCCCGAAAAAAUAAAUAAAAGGGAAAUAUGAUGUAUGAUUAUAUUCUUGCAAGAAGCUUUAGCCGUCAUGAGCAAAAAAGGCUGAGAUAUGGAGCUAUCAUUUGCUGCUUUAUUCUAGUAAUAUUGUUCUUUUGCUCCUUCUUCCAGCCUUAUUUGGGAGUACCUCUACCAGCUGCUUUGAAUUUGCAAAUGUCAAUGGGUAGUGUUAGUGUCAACAAAAUGCUAUCAAUUAAAGCAUUCACAAACAGCUCCGAUCACCAAAAUGUGAAAAGCAUGCACGAGAUUAAAACAGAUCAUCAUCAACCAUCAAUAAAUUCCAGUCAUCAUCCCCAAACAAACAACUCUACUUCACAGAAUCUUAAUCAAUAUGAUUCGAAAAACGCGAGUACUAAUAUUACUCAUGAUCUUCGAGACGCAAACGCAUUAGAGAAGAAUAUUAAUAGCUCAAAAGAUUCUACCAAUAAUGUUAUUACUCAACAUCAUGAAGAUAUGGGUACCAUCAUCACCAAAAACGGGUCUACAACAUUAAUUAAGGCGACAAACUCAACUAUUUCAGCAGUUAGAGAAGUAAUGAUCACUAAGAAAACUCAGCCAACAAUCAUAUGCAACCCUGAGAAAUCGAGAUCAGAAUACUGCGAACUCGAAACUGAUGUGGGAAUCGUGGGAAAAACAUAUUCCGUCUUCUUUGUUAAACCAUCUUCUCAGGUAGCUGAGACGGACACCAAUAUUAACUCCACUUCAUCAUUAUGGAGUGUAAGGCCUUAUGCUAGGAAAGAUGACGCCACGGCCAUGGGCUCAGUGAAGAAAUGGUCAAUUUCGGCAGUAGAAAAUCAAGAAGACGUGCCGGAAUGUACUAUAAAACACAGCGUUCCAGCCUUGCUGUUCUCUCUAGGAGGCUACGUGGGUAACAACUUCCAUGAGUUCACCGACGUGGUGAUUCCAUUGUUCAUAACAUCAAGAAAGUUCAAUGGUGAAGUUCAGUUUCUUGUGUCCGAUAAACGACUUUACUUUAUCGAAAAGUACAGGAAAGUACUGAGAGCUUUGUCCAAUUACGAUGUCAUCGACAUAAACGAGGUAGAAAGUAGCCAACAAGUGCAUUGUUUUCCUAGUGCAAUCAUUGGCUUAAAAAGACACGAAAAGGAGAUGCGUAUUGACCCCGAACGACACACUUAUUCAAUGAAAGACUUCAGAGAUUUUCUAAGGGAAACAUACUCGUUGAAGAAAGAAAAAGCUAUUCAAAUAAUAAACGAUAAUAACAAUAGUAGUAGUCUCCAGAAAAGACCAAAACUUCUACUCGUAACUAGAAGAAGAACGAGAGCUUUCACAAACGAGGGAGACAUUUUGAAAAUGGCUAAGAGUUUAGGGUACGAAGUUAUUGUGGCAGAAGCCAUUUCGAACUUGCAGAAGUUUGCUGAGUUGGUCAACUCUUGUGAUGUGUUAAUGGGAGUCCAUGGAGCUGGUCUUACUAACAUAGUUUUCCUCCCUGAAAAUGCUGUUUUCAUUCAGAUUCUUCCAAUCGGAGGGUUUGAAUGGAUAGCCACAAAUGAUUUUGGAGUGCCCGCCAAGACUAUGAAUCUCAAGUACUUGGAGUAUAAGAUCAAGAAUGAGGAAAGCACUUUGAUCAAGGAUUACCCACUUCAACAUGCAGUAUUUACUGAUCCUUUUUCAAUUGGAAAGCAAGGUUGGAAUGCUUUCAAGUCCAUAUAUUUAGAAAGACAAAGUGUUAAUCUCGAUGUUAAUAGGUUCAAAGCCACUUUGGUUGAGGCUCUCCAUCUUUUGCGCGCAUAAUAUAUACAUUAGGGUGAAUAAAUUAUAAUGUAAUUAAACCUAGCUUGUCAAUAUUAUUAUUAUUAUUAUUAUUAUUAUUAUUAUUAUUAUUAUUAUUAUUAUUACUCAUCCAUAUUUUCGUUAACGAUUAUGAGCCUAUUUUGUAAUAAAUCAAGCACAGAUAUAAAGAAAAUAAUAACGAUGACACCAAAAUUUUUAUGUAGUUUUGCAGUUAACUCUGCAUAGUCCACGAGUCUAUCUUAUUCAGAUAUUUCUGGAUACAGAAUUAGGGUUUUAAAAUCAGUAAACU